CUUUCGGUGAAUGAGCAGCGUCGAGCACGGCCUUCUACGCGCACUCUAAUCACCGACUGCCACUCUUUCUUGCAUUAUAAUGGAUCCUUUCGCCGAAGAGGAGAACCCAUUUGGCGAGGUAGAGCCUGAGCGCAUCCAUUCAGACACGUCCUCUACCUCUCGAGUUGCUGUGUCUGAGCCGGCUUCACCACCGCGUCCCUCGCGCGCCCUCUCCUCGCCACCGGAGACCCCGCCAUCCAAGAGAACCACCUUUCCCUCCCAGGGCUCGCAUAGGCAGCCUCAGGUCUACAAGAACGACUUCUGCUGUGUCCGCGAUCAAUGGCUCCAUUCAGGCGAGGAUGUGGAGAUACAGAUCAUGGAUGCGGUCAAGACAUCUGCCAAUGCGACGUCUCCCUACAUUGCCUACGUCAUUCGAGCAGGUAAUGCCGAAGCCCACCACCGCUACUCGGAAUUUGAGUCCUUACGCACUAGUCUCGCUAAGCUAUACCCAACUCUCAUCAUUCCGCCCAUCCCCUCGAAGCAGACAAUAGGAGAGUAUGCGGCCAAGCAAGCCAAGGCCAAAGAGGAUGCUGCAAUGAUUGCUCGCCGCAAGCGUAUGCUGCAGACAUUCCUCAACCGCAUCGCUAGGCACCCCAUCCUCUCCAAUGAGCAUGUGUUCCAUCGCUUCCUUGAUGGAGAGGUGUCCUGGUCAGAGGUUCUGCAUUCCCCACCAUUGUCUUUGUUGCCCAAGAACAUUCUCAAGGCACCUUCACACAAUCCGACCGACCAGACCUCAUUGCCAGCGUAUGCUGCAUUGCCCAAUCCGUCUCCCGCCCAUCCACUGCGACGACCAGACCAGCGUUUCUUGGACUCUGAGAUAUUCACAAACAAGUUUGCAGCACACUUGAGCGGCCCAAUGGAGAAGGUGACUCGGCGAACAAUGAAGCGGUGGUCAGAUUACGCCCAGGACCAUUCAGAGCUUGGCGCUACGUUGAACGGGUUCAGUCUGAAUGAAUCUGGCCAGCUGUCGACUGCUAUCGAGAAGACAGGCCAAGCCAUUGAUACCACGUACAUGUCGACAACAGCCCUGCUGCAAGAGUUUGAGCAGGAUUGGGCGGAGCCUCUGCACGAAUACAGCCAGUUUGCCUCCAUCAUCAAGAAGCUGCUCGUUUACAGGCACCAGAAACACGUGCAAUAUGAGAUGACGCAGGACCAGCUUGAAGCCAAGCGUGAGCAGCUGGAUGAACUUGAAAUGAGUGAGCGUGAGGCCCGCAGGUUGGAGGAGGCCUUGAAUCAAGGACGCGUUAGCAGUAUCACCGCGACGCGUUCACGGAGUGCUGACGGCGAAACCGCGGCUACAUCGACGGAGGACGAUGAGGAUGCCGCGGAGACGCCGCAACCGGAACCGUCAGUGUACCUUCCUCCACAUCCAGGACCGAAUCCUGUCCGGCGCAGGGCACCAGGGCUAGGCUUUCUCAAUGCGCUGAGCUAUACCCUGCAUGGAAUGAUGGACGUAGAUCCUGAGACCGCGCGGCGAAACAAUAUUAGCAAGACACGGGAGACGAUCUCCCAGCUCGAGGAUGCCUUGCAUCUUUCUGCCCAGGACUUGAAAUAUUCCAGCUCAACGAUACAAGCUGAUCUCGACCGCUUCCAACGACAGAAGGUUGCGGAUUUGCGGGAAAUGACCAUCAGCAUGGCUAGGAGCCACCGAGACUGGUGUAGGAAGAACCUCGCUGCUUGGGAGGAAGCGAAGGCUGAGAUCGCGAAGAUACCUGAUCACCCUAAUCGGAUACCUGAAGGAGCAAAUGGCAAAGCUACUGCCAAUAGGAGAGACUCGACUGCAACUAUCAAUGGACGUUGAGCUCCCAUGACGAAAGCUGGGAAGAAAGCUGUUUGUCCUUGUUCUUCGCUCAUGGGCCGUCGCUCCGGGUAGAUCACUCGUGCUAAUCGCUUUGCUCACUCGUUCCUUAUCAUGUAUAUGCUAGAUACUAUUAGGAAGCCAUUUAGUCGUGUUGACUUGUGGACGAGGGACAUGGAGCGGAGCGCGUUUCUGAUCGAGUGCUUGAUGGUCAUCAACUGCAAGCGAUUUGUUUGUAUGGUACGAAGUCCUCGAGC